CAAUAAAAAAAAAACUAUUCCUGCUUCAUGCCGAAAUAACUGCCGAACUUCAUCGUGGGCCGAAUUAAAAGCCUUCGCGGGCCGUAUGUUUGACAUGUCUGGAGUAGAAUCUCGAACACAGAACGGGACACGAAAGUUGAACUUUGCGAUUUUUGGAGCCGAGCCGGCGGGCGUUAGCACAAAGGGGGAAGACGCUUUUUGUCGCCGAACGAAAGAGUGGGGUGGUGGAACGAAUAGUCAAUGGAUGGCGUUGCGAAGAUUGCCACUACCCUGGCCCUGGCCCUGGUGAACCAGCAGCGGGACGCCCAGGGGCCGGUGGUUCUAUUUAAGCCUACCGACCGACGCUCGCCACGGUCAGUGUGCGCACGAGUGUCUUCCCGCGUGGUGUGGUGUGCAGUUGUUUGUGAACCAAAAAAGAAAAAAAGAAUGUUGCUAAACAAUCGGUGCAAGUGUCCGUGCUCGGUGGCCCUGCUGGCCCUGGGUUUGGUGUGCAGGCUGGCAAUCGCGUACGCCUACCCGUACGCGGACGAUUUCCCGUACCAGGUGCACGGUCGGCCCAUCGCCACCGUGUCGGGCGGCUCUAGUUCGGCCGGCGUGAAGAAGCUCGUCGCCGGCAGCUCGCAGGAUGCGCGCGGCGAGGGUGGCAGCGAUGCGCGCGACCACCGGAAGGAGCACGCGUUCGACGAGGCGGGCAGCAUCGGGUCGGCCUCGGACGCGGUCCGCUACCAUCAACUCGACAAUCAACUGGACGGGCACCGGGUGGUGGACGCUAGCAAGGGCAGCACGGUCGACAAGGUGAAGCAUCUGGCGGGCGAGAACUUCGAGGCGGACAAGUCGCACAACCGGAAGCAUAUCAAGUCCGGCUUCAGCAACUCGUACCACAAGGACGAGAGCGGCAGCAAGAGUUCGUACUACGAGGACUCGGACGACCACGGCGGCAAGCAGGUGUACGACAACCGGCACAACCUGCGCAACGACUACGCGGACAAGCUGUACAGCCAGGACCGGCGCAACGACUACCUGCGCGACCAUUACGAUGAUCGGGCGUCGGGCAGCGAGCUGCUCGGUGGUCACCAGUACCGGCGGGUCGGGGCGCUCGACCGUGGCAACGCAUACGGACAUCGGGACGGCUAUGCUCACAACGACCACAGCGACCAGCACUACGGCACGCAGUCGUACGGUGGGUACGAUCACUAUCAGCCGGCCGCCAACUACCACUACGACGAUCUGUACCGGCGCCGCUCGUACUACGAUCCGCGGCCCGCCUUCGCCACCGCUCCCCUAGCACCCGCCCCCAUUACGAUCUACGAGGAUCCCCGCGACUACGCCCCGUACCCGGCGGCACUGGCCUCGCCCUAUCCGGCGCGCGAAAUCAGGGACGGAUCGGCCGUGCUGAGCCGGGACGAGAGCAGCUACCACCAUCACCACCAUCGCCUGCACCAGGACCCGGCCGCUGCCGGCGGUGGUUCGUUCGGGCAGCGGCGCCGACUCAUCUACCGGCCGAGUCCGGUGGCCGCAGCCGCACCGUUGCUGAACGGCGGUUACGGCCGCUACUGAACAACUUCGCCCAGCGGGGGCAAUCCCAUUUUUUUUAGGUUUAGCAAGCGUCGAGCGACUUUGUGAGUAUUGGAACACACGUAAGAUUUCCAACCAUUUCCAACCUGUGUCGCGACGGUAAAGUAUUGAUUUUAGCUGUGUAAUAUUUCGCCUGUAGGUCGGAUUCGAUUCGAUUGCCAGGACGCUGGCCAUAGUUGGCGUUCUGACACGAAAUAAAACAAUAAAAAGAUGCUUUGGCGAUACAUCGCAGAAGCUUUAUCGUAACUAUGUAUCGAAUCGUUUUCAUUGACCGGGUUGAACGAUAUAGAAUUGUAAAAUUAUUUGUUUAAGUAUCCACAAUGGAAGUGCUUUUAUCACGACUGAAUGUACAAUUUCUGGAUUAAACAUUAUACGCAACUAAAUACAUAUUUAAAAUCUAAUAGUUGUGUGCAUUUUUGCUAAAUAAAUAGUGCUCAGCUUGCAACUUUCUCGCAGCAGAAUAGCAAACGUUAAUGUGUCUAAACCUGAGUUUCAAUAAAAAACAAGCAUUCGCCUGAGACGGAACACACAUGAAAAUGUGUAAGUUAAACUAUAUAAGGAGCAGAAAAUGCAUAUCCUUACCCAUGAAUUCGUCUUCGUGUUUCAAUCGAUACGAAGUUCGAUGCGUUCUCGACAUCGCGGGAAUUCUCGUAGGAAUUGAAUCCAGAAAACGAGCCUAGUGGUUGUAGGGCACUAAAAUUCGUUCGAUACGAUGAAUUAGAACUAAUUAAGUUAUUGAUUUGAUUUUCACACCUUCUACAAAAAUUAUUUAAAAGUAAUAUGAUGCCGUUCGGUCGAACAUUCCAUUAUUUUGUGAAACGUGUCAACAUCGUUCCGGAAGCGAUCAAAUGGCAUAAAGAGACUUAUAUUCUAUGUACAGUCUGUCCCAAAAAGUAUUCGUCUAGCUGAAUAUUUUACAGGAAAAGGCGAACUAUGGCCGCAAUAGGCAUGGGGUGGUAAAAGUAAUGAUGAGGUAUGAUAAAGAAACCAAAAAAUAAGCAUUAACAUAGUGCAAUAACAACUAAAUUUAAAAAAAAAACUAAAAAAAAGUCGUUUGUUUGGCGCGCAAAAAGUAUGCGGCGUAACAUGCGCAAGAAAACAAAGGUUAUUGCAAUAAAAAAAUGUCUUGUUCUUGGUUCUUCUUGCAUUUUUAACUAUUAGUGACUACUUGACCAACACGAUAACUCAUUUGAACCUUAAAACGGGCGUAUUGCAUUUCUGGGCCACGUGGCCAAAUUCAAUUGAAAAAUUGCCAACGGAUAUCUUAUUGGGAGUCUACUGAAUCGUUUUCAUCCCUUCGGUUUCAGCUGGUUUGGUGUUUUGGGCAAAUGACAUUGCUCUCGCUCGACUGACCUGGAAACAUGCGGUACUUUUUAAGUACAAUUGUUCAGCACUGGGACUUAAAGAACUUAAAAACUGCCAGAAUAUAUUUCCCCAUCUAGUUUUCUAUCAAUUUGAAUCAUUUUUCUUGCUCACUUUUCCUCACCGGGCCCUUGUAUCAUGACACCAUGGUGCUAACGUUACACGAGAUUUUGCUGCUGCAUCUUAGUCGACUGUUCUCGCCUAUACUAGACGGCGGCCGCAUGAUCUCGAUGAGUUACGCCAAACGCUGAUCAAAUGAAGAACAUGUUUUGUAACCUUCAAAAAUGGGUAGAAUAAGUUAUGCAAAUGAUUAAGAUAUGAUUUUCGCCAUCAUGCUCGCUUCCUGUAAGUCUUCUAUGUCCACGGAAAAUAGGCAUGUUCAUAUAGUGGUUAUAGUCAUGGAAUGAGUAAAAAUAGUUCAUACGGAAAAUCUUUUGAGGAUAUGUUUGAAAAUGCAAAGAAAAUAAUUGCAUGUUGAUCAUUUACGAAACAUUCGCUCAACAUUUGCAUACUUAGCUGAUUGAGAAAUCGACGUCAAAUCAAACACACCAUUGGUUGACUAUAAUCGUUACUCAGUGCUACUUUCAAUAAGUUUCAUCAAACACAAUCAUACCAAAAGGCAUUGAAUUUGAGUUAAAAUAAUCGAUUGCUCGACAAUUACGUACCAGAGUGGCUCACUUUAACUUUUAAACCUUUUGUAAAAUAUCAGAGAUUAAAGAAAAAUAUAUUGAAAAAUAUCAGA